GUUCCGUGCGCGCUCCCGAGCGAAGGCGAAUGCGGUAGCCUAGGAAAAAACAAGCGAGCGGCGCCGGAGACACAAGAGGGGCGCAGUUCACCUCCACAGCUAACAGGAUCUCACUUUGGAACGCACAUUUUCACGCCCUGCUGGGUUGUGUUGCAGCCAGAGACUGCUGGGGAUAUUCACGGACCGAGACAAAAGGAUGCAGUGUAGACUCGGCUGUUGACUGAUCUGCAGGCUGUCUGAUUUUCCUGUCCGUGGAGGGGGCCCGAUUCGUGAGGUCCCCACUUGAUCUACGUUUUUGUCUGGACUACAUGAACAGCCCGCCAUAGGAGUACACGGCUCACCUUUGCUCGCGUUGCUCGGAUCCCCACAGCUCAUCUCCUGACCGAGGAGAGUGCAGCAGCUGCACUCUUGACUGCCGAGUGUUCCCUCCUUGCCCCGUUCACACCGUCCUGUCACCAUGGUGCUUUCACAACGGCAACGAGAUGAACUAAAUCGAGCCAUAGCUGACUAUCUGCGUUCUAAUGGAUAUGAUGGAGCAUAUUCUACUUUCAAGAAGGAAGCUGAAUUAGACAUGAAUGAAGAAUUGGACAAGAAGUAUGCUGGCCUUUUGGAAAAAAAAUGGACUUCAGUCAUCAGAUUACAAAAGAAGGUUAUGGAACUUGAAUCCAAACUGAAUGAAGCAAAGGAAGAAAUCACCUUGGGUGGACCAGUCAGUCAAAAACGUGACCCCAAAGAGUGGAUUCCACGCCCCCCGGAAAGAUAUGCGCUAAGUGGUCACCGUAGUCCAGUUACCCGUGUCAUCUUCCACCCAGUCUUCAGCGUGAUGGUUUCAGCUUCAGAGGAUGCAACAAUAAAGGUGUGGGACUAUGAGACAGGAGACUUUGAACGCACACUUAAAGGCCACACGGAUUCGGUGCAGGACAUCUCUUUUGACCAGACUGGAAAACUGCUUGCAUCCUGCUCUGCAGACAUGACUAUCAAGCUGUGGGAUUUCCAAGGUUUUGAGUGCAUCAGGACCAUGCAUGGACAUGACCACAAUGUUUCAUCUGUAGCCAUAAUGCCCAAUGGAGAUCACAUAAUUUCUGCCUCGAGGGACAAAACCAUGAAAAUGUGGGAAGUGGCAACUGGUUACUGUGUGAAGACCUUCACAGGCCACAGGGAGUGGGUCCGUAUGGUGCGACCCAACCAGGACGGCACUUUAAUUGCCAGCUGCUCCAAUGACCAGACCGUGCGCGUGUGGGUUGUGGCCAACAAAGAGUGUAAAGCUGAACUGCGGGAGCAUGAGCAUGUGGUGGAGUGCAUCUCCUGGGCACCAGAGAGCGCCUAUCCCACCAUUCUCGAUGCCACAGGCUCUGAGAGCAAGAAAAGUGGUAAGCCAGGCCCCUUCCUGCUGUCUGGCUCCAGAGACAAAACCAUCAAGAUGUGGGACGUUAGCAUAGGCAUGUGCCUUAUGACGUUGGUCGGCCAUGACAAUUGGGUGCGUGGUAUCCUUUUCCACCCUGGAGGCAAGUUUAUUGUAUCCUGUGCAGAUGACAAGACCUUAAGGAUCUGGGACUACAAGAACAAGCGCUGCAUGAAAACCCUGAGUGCCCAUGAACACUUUGUUACCUCUAUGGAUUUCCACAAGGCUGCUCCUUACGUGGUCACUGGGAGUGUAGAUCAGACAGUAAAAGUGUGGGAGUGCCGCUGAUUCCAACCUCUGAAGAAUGGACCACCACCCCUGACAACCCAAUUGCUCUUUGGGAUCCUACCUCCCUCCUCCCCCACCUUGUCAUUCCACCGCCCCGCCUCACCUAAGCUAAACUUCACCCGCACAUCUUCUUCGGCUGCACCUACUACCACCAAUGGUUACUUACUUACCCAUUAUGCUCCCUGGUCUAAUAACCUUUGCCCCCCCUUCCCCUUAUGUAAAUUAUUCCUGGAUGUAGAUCAAGCUAUUAAAUGUUACACAAAAAAAGUAUUCUUGCAUGGUAAUCAAAACUUGUAUACUGUAAAUUUGCAUAACGUCUAGAAGUACAGUAGGUUUAACACAGGGCUGGCCGUCUGUCAUGCAGCCUUACUGACCACCGAAGGCAGAUGUUUUUGACUGGGUGUAAAAUGUAGGGCACUAAAAAAAAUAAUUUAAGAAUUGACAGUGUCUUUAUGUGUAAGAUUAUUUUUGUUUAUUUUUUUAUUUAGAACUUUUUUUCUCCUCCUGUUUCUUUCCCUUCCUUUCCGUCUUCGUCUGGUGCCUAGCUUGGUAAAACCUUUUGAGAGAUAAGGCAGGAAAAGCAUAUACGAUAAGACUGUCUGCCAGCCUUCGUUAUUGAAAUAAUCUGUAGCUUUAUACCAUCACUUCUCAAGUGUGAAUACCAUUUAUCUCUUCAUGUGGAACUAGGUAAUAUUUUAAUGGUUGUGUAUAUACGAAUGCUUAAAACUGUUCCUGGUCCUCGGGGUUGGGGGGCGGGGGGGAUAAACUGCAGCUUUGUACUUUUGUCAUGGUCGCACAUGAACAAAUAUUAGACUCCCAUCUGCAAUUUGAGAAUGGCAGCGCUAAAAACUUUACACUGAAGCUCAACGUGGCCUGCUUGGUGGAGCCUGCCAGUGUGCACCAUUGAGAUCAGAGAUUACACAAUUGGUAAUCUCAAGCAUUUGAUAAAGACCCUGGCUGUGUUCUCCUUUUGGGAGAUCAUUUGAUGUGACCUUCCUGUGUCCUCCUCAACUGCCGGCCAAUCUAGCCCUGCUAGGGUUUUGGUGUAACGUAGGAAUGAUGUAUAAACUAAAGAUACUUGGUUGUCUCUUGGCACCUCUGAAGGCUACAAACAUGAACCUUAUUUUAAAAAGGAGAAAACGGGGAAAAAAAGCAAGAUGACGAGUCAAAGUGAGCCCCUGGGUUUGAUACCUGGGAUGUGCAAAGAGAUUGAAAAUGUGAGGGGUGCAUUGGAAAAAAAGUUAAAUCGGUUUUCUGUGAAAAUAUGAACUGUAAAUUUAGCUUGUUAAGAAGCCAUUUGGCAGUUUUGUAAUGUGCAAAAAAAGAUGAGCUGGGGGGAAAAAAAAGUAACGUUAGCAGCAGCCACGGCGAAUGGUCUGAUGCUGAUGUUUGCUACAAACACGCUCUAUAAUAUGGUCCUCUCCACUGAAAAAAAAACCCCUCA